UGGUCAUGUCGUAUCAUAUCGGGACAAAUGUGCACCUUAUCAGGUAACAGAAACGGUAGUUCCAAUCAAAAUUUCACAUUCUUUCGAGAAUCGCAUCGCAUCGCAUUGCAUAGCAGCGAAGAUGGCUUCGUCGUCCGCUACUCUCUCUCCUAGCAUCCCUUUGCAGUUGUGCUCGUGGAAGAGUGAAAAAGCUCUUGUGAUGAAGCCGAGGUUGGCAGGGAAUGGAAAGAGAAAGGGAAAGGGAAUGAGAAUCUCGUGCCAGGCAACGACUGCUCCGGCGGAUGAUAGAGUACCGGACAUGGGUAAGAGGCAGCUCUUGAAUCUGAUUCUGCUGGGCACUCUCUCACUUCCUACUGCUGGAAUGGUGGUUCCCUAUGCUUCUUUCUUUGUACCUCCCGGGUCCGGAGGUGCUGGUGGGGGUACCAUUGCCAAGGACGCCUUUGGAAAUGAUGUAAUUGCAGAUGAAUGGCUCAAGACGCACGGCCCUGGGGAUCGUACUCUCACCCAAGGACUCAAGGGUGAUCCAACAUACCUUGUAGUGGAAAAAGACAAAACUUUAGCAACAUAUGGAAUUAAUGCAGUAUGCACACAUCUUGGGUGUGUUGUGCCCUGGAAUGCAGCCGAGAACAAGUUCAUCUGCCCCUGUCAUGGAUCUCAAUACAAUGAACAAGGAAGAGUUGUUAGAGGACCUGCACCUUUGUCUCUGGCAUUGGCUCAUGCUGAUGUAGAUAUAGAUACUGGGAAGGUGGUGUUUGUUCCAUGGGUUGAAACAGAUUUCAGAACUGGCGAUGCUCCAUGGUGGGCUUAAAACCCUCUCCAUACUUGAAAGAAUUAGUCGAUUAUACUAGACUGAUGAUAACUACUGCUAAUUAAUUAGGUAGGAUUUUGCUUUUUUGCUUUUGUAUAUAUUUUUCAUUCCUCAUAUACAAGUUUUAUGCAUAUAGAUAAAUGUGGAGAUGUUAUAAACGUCCAUGACCAGUUCGUUUGGACUGUUUUAUGAUUUGCUACAAAGUUUACAUGACAUUUUCGUUUUCA